AUGAUGUGUCCGGUAGCGACAGGCCUUAAUGCCAUUCCAGUCUCCCAAGAGAUGGGAAACCAACUCCUCCGCACUGCGAGAGGAGCCGAUAAGAGUGACGAGCGAGCGGAAGGGACUCAGCCGCUUCCGGAAACGCGAUGGGAGUCUGGGUCAGAGUCGACCCUGAGUGAAGAGACUCCGGACGCGACGAUGAAUAGCAGCAGGAAGUCUGCACAGGCGACAGAAGACAGAAAUAGGUCAGACGCGACAGAGAUUGUGCCACACUGGUGGAGGGAGACUUGCAUGAAAGAGUCUUACGAUCAAGGGGGAGCGUUGUGCUGUGCGGGUGCGACGGCGGUACUUCGCGUUGAGCUUGUAGGGAGUCCUUGCGAGGCCCUCUUGAACACUGGGGCUUCUAGAAGUUUCAUUAGUCCUAAAUUGGUCGAACGACUGCAGCUGAAAGUGCGGAGACUACCAAAGGAACAUAGGUUCACCAUAGCUACAGGUGCACUAUUACGCAUUGAUCGGGUAGUGACGGGAUUGACGUUGUGGUGUGGACAUACACGUUUUUCCGGGGACUUUCUAGUGGGACCCGUUCCCUACGACUUAGUCUUGGGUUUGGAUUGGCUGACGGAACACAAGGUGGCCUGGUACUUCCAGUCUGACAAACUCCGAACCUAUGUGAAUGGCCAGUGGUGCGAGCUACCAGUCGUUCGGACGGGUGAAUCGACGCGGCAAAGCGAUAGCUCCACCGUAGUCUACCCUCGGACUCCAGCAGAGCAAGCAUACGAGAUCUUGGCCAAACAAGUGGCGGGUAUGUCAGCCGAGGAGGCAGCUGUAUUCCUACGCCCGCCGCCAAAGAGGUACAAGUCCCGCGCGAAGACUAAGGCCAAGGCGCGGAUAACGUCGCUCGUUCGUCAGGCGGUGAACGAUACUAACGAUCUCAAGGCUCCGUUGCACGGUUUGCAUCUCAUACUGGCUUUGCCCGAAGCCGAUUCGGCAGUGCCCUUAAGACUCUCGGAUAAAUGGCAAGGCGCGCUUUGUUGCGCGUUGAUAGGGAGUCAACCCACGUCCUCCGGCUGCAGUAGUCCUUUGGCUUCCACCGCCUCGGCGACAGCGGAGAGUGACGAGGAGUCUCCCUGGCCUAUGGCAAAGCUCGAACACACCCUAUUCGGCGAAUGGAUCAAUUCAGAUGAGGCGCAGGAAAUUCCAAGUGAGGUUGCUCAGGUGCUGCACGAGUAUCGGGCGGUUUUCCCCGAUACCUUACCUAAAGGUUUACCUCCGAAGCGCCCUCAUGAUCAUCAUAUUCUCCUGGCGCCUGGGAAACUUUCAGCGAGAUCUGCAAUAUACCGUAUGACCCCAGAGCAGCUCACUUUCCACAAACAGGAGAUAGCCAAAUUAUCGGAAUAUGGUUGGAUCGGACCUACCUACUCGCCUAUUUGCUCACCUACGAUCAUGGUGGACAAGCGUGAUGAUGGCUCCGGGGAGCGGAAGAUGCGGAUGGUUGUCAAUUAUCAAGCCUUGAAUGCGCUUACGAUAGCCCCUGAUUUUCCAUUACCUCCCAUUCAAACCAUUCUGGAGCUGCUCGGAGGCGCCAAGUAUUUCUCCACCUUGGACCUGGAAGCAGGAUUCCAUCAAAUACAUACGGCUAAGGAAGACCGGUGGAAGACGGCCUUCCGGUCCGUUCUCGGGCAAUUCGAGUAUCGCGUGAUGCCCUUCGGUCUUAAGGGGGCUCCCGCUACGUUCCAGGCCAAUAUUAAUGCCUAUUUACAACCCCUAUUGGGACAGGGCGUUAUUGCGUAA